AAAAACAAACUCUAUUUUAUGAAUGUUCAGGGUCUUUAAUAUAACUCAUAGUCAAAAUUUAGUGUAACAAAUCGAUUGUAUAAGGCUAUGGCUGGAACAGUUGUAGAACAUAAUAUGCAUAAUAUGACCGCGACCAUAAUGAAUACUACUAUGAACAUGAUCAUGAAUAACAUGACAAUGCCUUCCGGUGGAAAUAUGGGACAUCACAUGCACGGUAUGAAUGGAACCAUGGCGCCAAUGUCGAACAGUACGGAGACGAUGGGCCACGGUCACCAUAUGCAUGACGCAGAUACCAGUAUGACCAUGGAUCCAAACCCCAUGGGGCAUAACGGGCAUAUGCAUGGUACACAAAAUCCUGGAAUGACUGGUGGAAUGGGCCACGAAGGUCAUAGCAUGCACGAUACUGCUGGUGGUCAUCACGGAGGUUCAGGCGGAGUAUAUUUCGACUUCCCUCUCCCUCUUCACAUCUUGUUUUACGGCUGGGAAGUUACAACACAAGGUGAGCUUGCUGGAGCGUGUGUCGCUGUACUCGUGUUGUCAAUAGUGUAUGAAGGACUGAAAAGCCUGCGUGAGAAUCUCUUAUGUAAAGUUGCAAAAAACGAAAGAAGACAUUUGCUCAAGUCUGCUGUAAAUGAACUAUCAGAAGGCACAAAAAUAAAGAGCCCAGAAAGAACUUGUGUGCAAAAGAUAUUCAACUGGUGGCAUAUCCUGUUCAGCUUCAUGCAAGUUAUUCAGACAACACUAGGAAUGUUUCUCAUGUUAAUUUAUAUGACAUUUAACGUUUGGCUGGCGGUUUCAGUAUCCCUGGGAUCAGGGCUUGGAUAUUUCCUAUUUGCUUGGAAUAAGCGUCAUGUUAGUGAGUUUGACGAUCACUGUGGGUAAUUUACCCAAUCAUGCUCCAAAAUUGUAAAAUUAAAAUCGUUAUAUAUAUUAUAUACUUACCAAAGGUGGCUCUUUCUAACGCAAUUAUUUCUGUGAAAUAAAUUAUUAUUAAUUGAUAAAUGUGUGUCAAAUGAAGAAGUGUAGUAUUCAAGUUUAAAUGAAGUUUAAAAAAUUUUUGUUCGAGCAAUUCUGUUGAAAAUGUAAAAAGUACAAAAUGUAUGUUGCAUGCAAGAUGAAUAUUUUGUAUCUUAAUUCAGAAAAAAAAUCUUUUAAAUAUUACAAUUAGAAAUAUAAACAAGAAACAAUAAAUAUGCACUGAGAGAAAAUUUGACUGUCAAUCCAAAAUUAGGUCUUAUAUUGAUUUGUGAUAUUCGUAAAAAAUAUUUAAAUCAUAUGUUUGGCUUUAAU